UCAGAAUUUGUAAAUGAUAAAUGUAAAUAUUUGUGUUUUCUAUGCACUUGAAUAAUUUUAUUUUAAUAAUUGAUACAGUGAUGAUGAAAUAUCGUGUGAUUUUAAAGAAUUUGGUGAUAAAGACAAAAUAUACCUCGUUUAGUUAGUAAAGAACAUUUAAUAUGGAUAUCCUGGAACCAGGUAAACGAAUAAGUUUAAAGCGCGCGCGUCCUAACCCUCUGUUUCAAAUAUGGUUAGAAGAACUGCAAGAAGAAGCUAUUCAGAAGAAAAGUAAACUCGAAAACAAAUUAACAGUGGCUUUGACUUCUCUUUCUAAAUAUCCUUUACCAUUACAAUCAGGUGCUGAGUGUGCUAUCCUUAAAGGUUUUGACAAGCGCUUAUGUAUGUUCUUAGACAAAAAACUACAAAAAUAUAAUUCAUUUAAAGGAAUAUCCUUAUGUUCUAUUGACAGGAUAAGUAAAGAAAAUGGAAUAGACCUUAUUUCAGAGAGACUUGAUAUAAUAAAUGCAGAAUCUUAUGGGACAGAAGAAUACGAUGUUGAAAUAAUUGACGUUGCACCAAAAUCUAGUAGCCAAGUAAGAGCCAGUCCACAGAAUUCAGAAAGUCCCAGUAAAACUAAUUGUAACACAAUUUAUAAGCCAUCUUAUGGAUCUGGAGGAUAUGCUAUACUACUGGUAUUGCUUGAACAGUCUAACGAUGAAAAAAAGCAACUGAACAAGGAAACAUUGAUUGAGCAUGCUGAAAAAUAUUGCAAAACAUCAUUUACUAUCAAAAAACCAAACACAUUCUACACAGCUUGGUCUUGUAUGGGUAAAUUGAUAACAAAAGGCUUAGUCAAAAGAAGUAAAAGUGGCAAUAAAACUACAUAUUCUUUAACAGAUGAAGGUUGUAUAAUAGCAAGAGAUUUAUCAAAAAAUUCUCCAAAAACAUCAAUUGCAGAAGAUAUAAUUCAUGUAAAUACAAGACCAAAAAAUACCAUACAAAAUGAGACUGAUAAUUCAAAAGAUCUUCCAAUAGAAGUUGCUUCGGCAAAUAGUGAAAGCUCUUCAGUACAAAAUUCGCAAAUUGUUUGCAUAGAAUUGGCAGCAAAUACAUUUGAUAUAAUUUUACUUAUUGAUAAGCAGGAGACAAGUGGAUUAAAUAAUAAAAAUGAUCCUACAGUUGCACAGUUUAAAAAGUACCCUAAUAUUUGUCAUGAAUACAGGACUUUAAAAGUUGGUGACUAUACUUGGAUAGCUAAACAUCGUAAUACUGAACAGGAGUUAGUUCUACCAUUUAUUGUAGAGAGAAAGAGGUUAGAUGAUUUAGCAGCCAGUAUUAAAGAUGGCAGGUUUCAUGAACAAAAAUUUAGAUUAAGACGCUGUGGCAUAGAAAAUGUAAUAUAUCUAAUUGAAAAUUAUGGAGGUAAAAAGAAUGUUGGGUUGCCUGUACAGUCAUUAAUGCAAGCAUUAGCAAAUACAAGGGUUAAUGAUGGCUUUAAAAUCCAUAUAACAAAAUCUUUGAUUCAUACAGCAAGAUUUCUGGCAAUAAUGACUAAAAGGCUGGCUUUUAGAUUUCAGAGUAAAAACUUAAAAGGAUGGAAUGCAGCACCGGAGGGUACUACAUUAAUGACAUUUUAUUAUUUUAAUAAAAGUACAGUCAAAAAUAAACCUUUAACUGUUACGGAGACAUUUAUUAAAAUACUGCUUCAGUUAAAAGGAGUUUCUGUAGAAAAAGCUUUAGCAAUAACCAGCAAAUACACAACUCCACAUUCUCUUAUAAGUGCUUAUAAAGUCUGUAGUCAAAAAGAAGGUGAAUUUUUACUUGCAAAUUUAAAACAUGGUGAAUUAAAUAGAAAUGUUGGUCCUACUGUAAGUAAGACAAUAUAUCAACUAUUUUCAAGAACAACUUAGGCAUGGCUGAUAGAUUGAUUUGCAGUAUGAAAACUUGUGUGCCGAUCAAAUAAAGUGGUAUAAGAACAGUAGGUACUCAACUCAACUAAAAUUGGUGACCUUCAGAUCAAUUCAUGGCUCACAUGUGUGAAUCAAAUCACAGCUAAGCUCAAUUUGUUCGUAGCAAACUGCAAGGCAGCUUGCGGCUCAUUGACUCACAUAGUAAUAAUACAUUGAGCUAUCAAUUUCGUUGUUGAUCCACAGCUAAACAAUUCAAGUUUAUGUGGGCUGAACUUUAGAACCGGUUCAGAGCUGACUUAUACACAUCUAAAAUAUAGAGAGGU